AUGUUUAGCAGACCAACAAGUUCCAAGAGGCUGAGUGAGAUAUCGGGCAAAAGGGAGAUAACAGAAAAUCAGCCGGUACUUCCUCCGAGACGACAAAAGCCAUCUACAUUGAACAACACUGGAGGCGAGUAUCAAUCCCCCGUGCCAGCGAAGGUGGGAACACCAAAGAACGCUGUUAGCGAUGCUCCACCCCAACUUCCGUCGAAACCGGAAGCACUGAAGGACGCUCAAGACGAAACUCCACCCGUGCAACUGCGAACAGGUCUCACGGCGACAGCCUCCAUGAGACUCCAGCCUCAGCAGAGACUGCAGUUGGCUCGCCAUGUCACCAUAUCCAGCAGCUCUGGAGGCGAUCUCAAGAAGGGUGUGCUCGAUGCCCUCAGGUGUCCCAUCUGCAAUCAGUACAUGGUGCCGCCCAUCUUCAUGUGCGCCAGUGGCCACAGCAUUUGUGACACAUGUAAGGCCAAGUGCCAAGAUGUGUGCCCUUCCUGUGGUGAACGCAUCGAGACAACUCGCAACCUGGCCCUGGAGCGUCUGGCGGAGUCUUCCUCGUCGCUGUACCCGUGUGGCCACUGGGAAAGGGGCUGCCGACAGCAGCUGCCGUCCAAACAGCUGCGCCGCCACGAGGCUGGUUGCAUCUUCCGGCCACUACUCUGCCCUCUAGCAUGUGGCUGGCACGGCCGUCGCGACCACCUGUUGUCCCAUGCAAAAUGCGCACACCCUAACCGCUACUCUGCUGUCGUGGACACUAGUGUGCCCCACAUCCAGUGGGACCUACCGCUGAAAGCGUCCUUCCACGAUUACCGCCACGCCGUCUUUGCCUUCGGUGAGUCCUUCGCCUACGUGAAGCACUUCAGUGAGGAGAAGCGCAAGAUGUAUCUGGCUGUGCAGCUCCUGGGUGAUCCUGCCAACACUUCGAGUUUCAGGUACAAGUUCGAGAUGACCAAGGAGAAAGGAGGCUGUUAUGAAUCCAUGUCUCGUACGCGCUCUGUGCACUCCUGCGACGAGGACCUCGACACUGUACUUGAGUCGAACGCCUGCAUCACUAUAGACUUCGAAACAUUAGUCUAUUAUGGGAAUGGACCACGUACCUUCAUGAUAUUCAAGGUGCAACAGAAGGACGCCACCAAUAGCAAACUACUCGUGAAUUAA